ACAUAAAUAAAAAUUUUAAAAUAAAUUAAAAUAUUUUGACAGUUACUUUUAGUUUUUUAGAAUGCAUUGUAACAAAUGUAGAUCACUUAAUUUUUUUUUAUGUAAAAAUCUUUCUUCUCAAUUAUUCUUUUUUUGUCAUUACUCAACUUCUUCUCAAAAGUUAAUUAAAGAAGUAGAUGAUGGUUUCACACUCUGUAAUGUGGAUCCGGUCAAACACAGUUUAAAGCAUGUUUCACAAAUUUAUUCUAUACCUAAGAGUAUUGCAACAGAUGCCUUAUCAACUGCCAUCCCAAAAGGUUUUGGUGAAGUAUCUCGAACUAUAGACGAUUAUGGUAUGUUGUUGCGGAAGCCAUCUCUUCAGAUAAUAGAUAAUUUAAAUAGAAACAAAAACGAUGUCAAAAAGUAUUUAUUGUAUGGCCAUGAUGGAAAUGGUAAAGCAAUGUCUCUCCUUCAUAUUAUUCAUUAUUGUCUUCAAAAUGAUUGGAUAAUUGUACAUGUUCCUAAUGGAUUUAGAUUUAUUGAUGGCCAAACAAAAACGAUUGUCCAGCCUUCAACUUGGAACAAUACACGUUAUGAUCAACCAAUUGAAGCUGCUAACUGGUUAAAUUCAUUUAGCAAAAUUAACUAUAAAUUUCUACAUGAUUUGAAAACAACUCAGACAUACAAGUGGGGGAAAAGAGAAACAACGGAGGAAGGCAAAUCAUUAUAUGAUGUCGUAUCACAGGCAGCUGGACGUAACAUUUAUGCAACCGAUGCUGUUGGAGUGUUGCUUAAAGAAAUACAAAAUCAAAAUAAAGUUCAUGUUUUGUAUGCAGUCAAUGGAUUAAACGCUUUCUUUGGUAAAACAUCGCAUAAAUAUAAUGGAAAGCUUGUCGAGGUUGAAAAUCUAGGAUUAGUGAAUCACUUUGUUAAAUUGUUAAAAGACAAAAAUAAGCUGAAAAAAGGUACUUAUGUGACAAGUAUCACUCAGACUUCACAGUUUUCACAGAAGCGUGUAGAUCCUCAAAAUUUACCAAUGCUACUCGGUGAAAAGGGGUUCGAUUUUGUGCAAGAUUUUGAAAAAUUGGAAAUAGAUAACUAUAACGAUGAAGAAUAUGAGAUUAUGAUGAAUUAUUACAGAUACAAACAUUGGUUGACCAGAGAUCUGAGCGUCAAACUGAGAGAAGAAGUCAAGUUUAUGAGUCAAAUGAAUCCAAAUUUAGUGGCCAAGAUAUGUGCAGCAUUGUGAUGUUUAACUUGAUGUGGCUAAAAUUUGAGUAUCUAUAUAUGCUCUACUGUAAUAUUUUAUUAUAAGAUAUAUGCAGCAGUUGAA